AUGUCAGGAAGAAAUGUCUUCUUUACUGGCUCAGCAGGAUGCGGCAAAUCCACAGUUCUGAAAGCAGCAGUCAGGAAGCUUCGAGAUGCGGGUAAAGUCGUUCACAUCACCGCGCCUACUGGUCGAGCCGCACUCGAAGUCAAUGGCGUGACUACCUGGUCCUACAUGGGUUGGACAACUGACAGUAUCAAAGUGGCCCUCGGUGAGCUCAAAGGUAACUCACAUCGCCCAACUGUUAAGGCGCGUCUCGAGGGGACGGAUGUUCUUAUUAUCGAUGAGAUCAGUAUGGUUGAAAACCAUCAUUUCCAGCGCAUGAAUGAAUGUCUCAAGAGUGCCCGAUGCUGGUCACCCCAACAUCGCGACUCCUGGCCAAACGCUCCAGCAUUUGGCGGCGUCCAACUUCUUGUCACCGGCAAUUUCUGUCAGUUACCUCCAGUCAAGCCUUUCGAAUACUGCAUGUAUUGUGGCAAACACACCAUUGCGGAUGAUAAAUGGUCUCCGACUGAGUGGAACUGCGGCCGGGGGCCAUCCUGUGGUCCAUUUUAUGUCGAAGACCAGUGGGCCUUCAGGAGCCGUGCCUGGGAAGAUGCCAAUUUCGCUCAUGUUCAUCUGAAGGAGAUUCAUCGUCAGAGAGAUAAGUCUUUUGUGAGAAUGCUUCAAAAGUGUCCAUUUGGCAUACCGUUUUCGAAAAAAGAGGUGAAGAUGCUGCUCAAACAUGACCCCAACGAUCCAGACGCGACAAAGCUUUUUGCCUACAAGAAGAGCGUACAGGCAGAGAAUCAAAGGAGUUUCAACAACUUGCCCGGGCGCGGAACCGUCUAUAAAGCCAUUGACGGCUUCGACUGGAGGCCACAACACACAGAACUCGAACAUUACAAGCAAGACACGCGACAGGAUAAAUAUUCGGAUAUCCCGUAUGUGGAUAUGACUAAAGAACAGUGCAAAGACAGUCCCUUGGAUGCAUACGUCGAGAUGAAAGUCGGUGCACUGGUCAUGCUCAAGAUCAACCUCGAUACAGAGAAGGGCCUCGUCAACGGAAGCCAAGGCACCGUCAUCGGUUGGGAAUCCCACGACCCUGCCAAACUCCCAAACUCCAAAAAAGGCACUCUCUUGAAUGUAGAUGUCCUAGCCGGUCACCAUGCCGACUGGCGAGCAAAGAAGAUCAGGAGAUACGCAGAGAAGCGCGGUAUUCAGCGAUGGCCAAUCGUUCGCUUCCAAAACGGUACUACACGCACGAUUUAUCCAUGGUGCAUGGUCAACACGCUCGGAGCAACGACGCCCUACUCGGUGCUAUACAGGACACAACUCCCGCUGGUUUUGGCGUGGGCAGUUAGUAUUCACAAGUCUCAGGGCAUGACGUUGAAUCGCGUCACCACGGAUCUUUCGCAAGCAUGGGAGCAGGCAUUAAAGUAUGUUGCACUAUCGCGCGUGACGAGCCUUGCCGGCCUUUCCAUCCUCAAGCCUGGAAAGAGGGAUGUGACCCGUGAGGAUUCGUUGGAGGUGAUAGAGACGUCAUCCCAUGAAGUCAGGCAGUUUCUUGAGGAGAAGUUUGGCAGACAGCUGUUCAGAGACCUGGAAGAGGAUAGAUAA